UCCUGGAGUGGAACUCUACACCAAAGUCCGCUCUGGGUCACAAAAGGGAGACAAGGUCCUGGAUGUCUUAAGAUGUGGCAGGGGGUCCUCUUCUGUGGAAAGUUUUCAUCGCCACCAGUGCACGUUUAUCCCGGGCUGGAGGUCUAACGCAAUGCACACUCAAAUGCACAUGCUUGAGGGUAGUUCCAGAUGGAACAUGAACCGAGCCCAUGAAGCUGUGGGUAUGAGUGGUGCAUCACAAACAAGACUUUAUAAUAUCCGCCUGAUGUCCAACAUAAAUGACCUCAGCAACAAAGUCCUCUGCAAUCCACUCUUGCCAGAAUUCAUUCCCCCUGGGAGACCCACUGGUAAGAUACUCCAAGAGACCUCAUUCUCCUUGCAAUCACAACUUCACUACUACACAUUCAACAAAUUAUCCUUUUGCUUUUUCCCCCAUUCUAAUGGAAAUAUGUCUAGUACUCUGAACUCAAAAUGCUUAUUUUUCUUUUUAUGAUGAAUCUUUACGUGAGCGCAUUGCUGUGGAAUACUUGCUGGAGCAGUCUGACAGAGGAGACUUGCUGGAUUCAGAACAGCAUUGUGAACUUGGUAACAUUCUACCUGACAUUUUGGACGAAGUUCAGGAGGAUGAGUACCUGGAUGUCACAGUGAGUGACGCAGCGGACAUCCUAACUCAGACCCCACCUGAAGCCCCCCAGUUUGCAGCAGAGCUGGACAUUUCACCACCUCACAGUCCACCAUUUCUCCACAGUGACCUUUCAAACACAUCAUCCUACACAUCCCCUCAGGAAAUAAGUUCUGUUCGCAUUGUCUCUCAAAGUCCUGACAGUCCAGCCAGAAGUGUACAUAGUGAGGACAACUCCUCGAGUGGACCGAGCACUUCAUCUCAAAAAAGACAUCACUGAAGGACACGUGGGGAUUUGCAGAAUGCAAAUAUGUGCUGCUCAUAGGAGGAGGGAAUGAAUUGGCAGUUUUCUUGAAGUCCAACUGUGAAGUGCAUGGAAGAAUGUGCUCAGGGUCAAGCCUUGACUUGUACUGAGAGCCCUGGAGAACAGAAGCUCCUCCAGUUCACAGGGGAUGAUGGGAAAUGCAGCAGUGGAAACCUUAUUGAGGACCUUCACACUUCACAACAUGUGUUGCUGUUUGAUGAACACACCAGGACUACCAAGGAAACACUGGGUGGAUCCAGGCUAGAGUUUGGCAAAGUCCAGACUGGUGCCCUGAUGCUAUCACUGCAGGGCUUAUCUGGAUUUUCAUUUGUUAGAAGAGCAGGACUCCUGAGGGACUGUCAGAAGCCUCAAUCCAGAUAGACUUGGAAAAAGUGGGUUGAUACCCAUUCUCUAACAGUCUAACAGAUGCUUGUCUUUCAGCAGCAGCAGCAGCAGCAGCAGCAGCAGCAGCAGCAGCAGCAACAGCAGCACAGACGGAGACUAAAGCUGAAACAACAGAGACGUGCCGCAGUACCUCUGACACAGUCCAACCACAAGGAUGUUUUGUGCCUACAUUUUCCUGUUGCUGACCCUGAGCAGAGUAGGGCUGGGCUCUCUGCAGGAUAAGCAGACUGACUUUGGCCUGAAGGUCUUCUUCCAGCUGAGCCAGGGCUUUGUGGACAAGAAUGUGGCCUUCUCCCCAUAUGGAGCAGCCUCCGUCCUGUCCAUUGCUCAGCUCGGUGCUGCCGGCAGCACCCGCAAGGCCCUGACGACUGCUAUGGGUUAUUCUUUGCAAGAGCGAGGGACGUCCCGGCAGCAGCGUCUCUUGCAGCGGGAUCUUUCUAGUGAGGAAGGGGUGGAGAUAGCCAGCGGUGUGAUGGUGGAGAGGAAGAUGAGUUUGGAGAAGGGAUUCAGACGGGCCCUGGCCAAGGCCUUCCAGACCCACCCUCACCAGGUGGACUUUACUAAGCCAGACCAGGCAGUCACCAUCAUCAACUCAUGGGUGUCAGACCACACAGCAGGGUCCAUCCCUGAGUUCUUGGCAUCUGGAUCUCUAAGUGACGAGACCCGCCUGGUCCUCCUUAAUGCUCUCCACUUCCAGGGCCUCUGGAAAGUUCCCUUUGACCCCACACUGACACAGGAGAGGAUGUUCCACUGCGCAAAUGGCAGUAGUGUGCCAGUGCACAUGAUGAGACUCACAAACUAUUACAAUUAUGGCGAAUUCGUAACUCCUGAUGGGGUGGACUAUGAUGUCAUUGAAGUGCCAUAUGAGGGUGACUCUCUGAGCAUGCUGCUAGUGUCACCCUUUGAGCCUGAAGUUCAACUGAACAUGCUCAGUGCAGAUCUGAGCAGCAAGAGGAUUCAGCAGUGGAGGGCAGAACUGAGGAAAGUCAAGAGGCAGCUGGCCAUGCCCAGGUUCACACUGAACACAGAGGUGAACUUGAGGACUACUCUGCUUAACAUGGGUCUGGGAGACAUGUUCAACCUGGCUAGUGCUGACUUCACACGCAUCACCACAGAUGAAAGGCUGUGUGUGUCGAAGGUCCUCCAGAGAGUAAAGAUCGAGGUGAAUGAGCGAGGAACCAAGGGAGCAGCAGCAACAGCGGCUAUCAUGUUUUCUCGUAUGGCAGUGGAGGAGAUAACUUUGGACCGACCCUUCCUCUUCCUCAUCCAGCACAAACCCACAGGUACGGUUCUGUUCAUGGGUCAGUUCAACGAGCCUCAGUAGCAAUAACACUCCGAAGACCUGCCUAUAUGUCUGCCUACCCGCUAGAUGUUGACCACACAGAACCACCAGGAUUCAUGUGACCGCUCAUGACUGUAGACUAAUUCAUGAAAGGUUUGAUUUUGAAGUGCUAAAUUCAAGAACACUGGGACAAAGAGAUUUGACAUGAAAGAUGUUGGAAACAGGACUGACUGAGAUAUUCUUUGAAAAGACUUGAUAUGGUUGCUGUUUAUUUAUUUCUCUGAAUGUUUGUGGUUCACAGAUGAAGGAAAGUAAACUAAUGAGGUAGCUUACUGUUGUUUAACACAACACACACUGAUGCACUUCACAUAGGGCUAUGUUGCUGCAGACAGACUGAUGGCUGUAUUAUUAAUAAAACAGAUGUAUUUUUUAUCUAUUUUUGCAAUGUUGAUUUUAUUGUGUUGUUUGCCUCGUAUUGUUACGUUUCAUUUAUAUUUUUGCAGUACUCGUAUUUAUUAAAAUUCUAUGUUUUUACAAA